CUCACUAUAGAUGGUGAUAGCUGCGUCGAUGAAAUAGAGAAGACGAAGCACCACUGUGCCACUGAUAAAUCAACAAUGAAUGACACGGGACGUGACACUUGUGUUUAAAAAAAAUACUUGAAGACAUUUUUGCUUUUUUAUUUUGUUUAAAAGGUUUUUUGAAGUUUUUUUCAUACUGACGUUCUGUUGUUGUUGCUGCUGUUGUUAUUGUUGUUGUUUUUUGCUUGUUGUUGUUUUUGUUGUUUGUUGUUUUUUCUUUGUUGUUGUUAUUUAUCUCUUAUUGUUGGAGCUACUGCUGCUGUUGUUGCUGUCGUAUGAUUUGUUUUUAGUUAGAUCUUUAAGCGUUUUUAGAAUUUUCUCAAAGUGAUGUUGGUCGCAAACUAAUUAUUUAUUUUUGGAGUCAACCACAUCUUUAGCAAAGAGUAUUUAUUUCCUGGUUCAUCUGUGGUUUUAUUUGAACACAGUAUUUUAAAGGAGCUGGGUACAAAGUUUGUUUUAUUUUUGUGUACUUUCAUAAAAAGAGCGCCUGUUUUUACAUUAUCGCGUCUGGUAUGCACAACAAAUUUUUAACAAAUGUGUGAUCGUAAAUCUUCUGUUGUUUAUGGGAAAGCGAAAAUAGUGCUAAAAGUGAUAUCACACAUUUUAGGCAAAUGAAGAUGAAUUAGUUAAAGCAGAUUAUUUAUUUAUUUUUUCAUUGUUUAUCUAUUGGUUUUGUUGAAGAUUUAAAAGAUCAUUUUCGCCUGCUGUAUGUAAGAAACAGCCACAAACAUGAGAUGUUUUUUGAUUCUUGUUGUCAUAUGCAGUCAAAAUAUAGGAACCGUAGCUGCAAAGAAAGGUUUUUUAUGUUGGACUGCAAAGAAACAAGACAUUUGUAGGAGAGUUCUUGGGUACUUCGACAACUCUCCAUCGUGUUGCAAAAGCGGAGGCACUGCAACGACGGAGUAUGAAUCUGCAGCUCUUGCUUUCAAAUACAGAUACGGUUUAAUCAAAGCACCAUGUGUAACUUGUCCAGGCGCAACAAAAGGUGCCUGCAAGGAAACGAUAUGCAGUGAAAGCGGAAAUAAUUGCAAAUACUCGAGAUUAUGUUCUAAGGUGACAGGUAAAGUGUGUGGCACAGAUGGAGUGACGUACGCAGAUGGUUGUGAAAUGAGUAAAAUAUUAUGUGCAAGUAACAUCAACAACGUUGAUAUCGCCUACAAUGGAAAUUGUAAAGAUUUUUGUAAGGGCGUUACAUGUUCAGAUGGAAAGUCUUGUGUUUACGAUCAAAGUGGCGCCUCAUACUGCAUCACGCGCACGUGUCCGUCCUCCUGCAUACCAGGACAGCAACUAUGCGCAGCGGAUGGGAAAACAUACGAAUCUCAUUGUCACCUACUUAAAGCUGCAUGCGACUCGCAUCAAGUUAUAGCAGUUGCCCAUCAUGGUCCCUGCACGACAAAAGAGAGGUGUGAUGGAAUUAUUUGCAAGGUUGGACACAAAUGUGUUACCAAUAGUAAGGGUAAACCUCAGUGUAUUAAUUGUUGUGAAAAAAACGUUAGCGUUGCUCUGUUUGAAAUUUGUGGUUCAAAUGGAAAAGUUUAUUAUGAUUGGUGUGACCUCAAACGUGAAUCUUGUAAGACGGGAAAGAUUAUCCAUGUAGAUUUCAGUGGUAAAAAAUGCAAAACUUGAGAUACUUGGUCAUACGUAUGUAAGUAAAACAUUUGGAGAUAGAAGCUGUUUCUGUCAAAUCUUUUGACUGAUAGCCGCCGGAAGAAAAAAACUUCGAAACGGAAUAAGAAGAAAGUGUAGCUAUGUAGAAAUUUUUGGCGCUUGUAAUAUCAACCUUGUUUUUUGUAGCUUCUUCUGUCGUUCAAGCAAUAAGGAGCCAUGGGAACGAGAUUGCUGGUAAAGUGAGCUAUAAGUUAAAAAAAUAUUGGUUAACCCUUGAAUGCCUCAUAACUUUGGAAAUUUUCGAAACUUCAAAAAAAGCCAAACUUUGCCUUUGAUUAUAUCCUUAACAACCGUUCAUAUCAGGUACUUAACAGCGACCCCCUAUCACAUAGGAAAGCAAUAGGGGUAUGAAGACACCAGGCACGAAAAGGUUAAGAUGUUGAUGUGUCUAUUAAAUAGUUCCAUCAAUAUUCUAAUCUCCAGAGCUCUUUCAGAUAAGCCAAGAUUAGAAUGCCCUGAGUGUCGUUAAUUUUUAAUUGCAUAAUUUCUCCUCGAGAAAGAGCUUAACAAUUGCGAACUUUUGAAAUUUAUGCUGAUAAGGGCCAGAAUUUUAUUAUUUUUACCUUUUAAACCUAUAAUUAAUUGUUUACUAACGAAAUUUCUGUAGAUAGCAUUUUGUAAUUCAUUAUGUCCGGUUUAGUUAACGAAUCACAUUCGCGUUAAUCAGCCAUUUUUUCAUAAAAUUUUCCUGUUAAAAAAACACGCCUAGUUCGUACUCUCUGUGUGUGAUUUGUUAUUUUUUAUCAUAUAGUAUACUGUAUAUGUACAUAUUUAUAUAUCUUUUAUAUUAAUACUCAAUUUUUUUAUGGUUCUACUAAAGAAAAGAAAAUGUUAUUUUUGAAAAGCUAUUUUCGUAUUUCUCCUUAAUCAAGUUUUUAAAACAGAUAAGUUCUUGUGGGUGAUGAAAUUUAUGAUGGUUAUA